CCUCCGCCCCAAACCCUAGCCCUCCCCCCCACGCAGAUCCCCGAUCUGGUCCCCCCAUGCCCGGCGCCGACGCGGUCGGCGGCGGGGACGCCCCCUCCUCCUCCCCACCCCCACCGCCCCAGCAGGAGGGGGAGGAGCGGGAGGAGGCCCCGGCGGAGGAGCCGCCCGCGGAGGCGCCGGCGCCGAGGAAGAUGCGGCUGCCGCGGGCGUGCAACAGCAAGCCGAAGCCCGCCCCCCCGCCGCCGCCGGAGCGGCCGCGCCGGCGCGCCGCGGCGGCGGCGGCGGCGGCGGUGGGCGGCGGCGCGGAGGAGCCGCCGCAAUGCCGCGUGGUGACGCCGCUCGUGUCGGAGCCCGAGGCGCCCGCCGAGCUGCCCCGGUGGCGGCUCCGCUGCAUGUGGGAGCUCGCCUCCGUGCUCAACUUCCUCCACGUGUUCCGGCCUUUGCUGAACAUCACGGGGGAUUUCUCGGCGGAGGACCUCGAGGAGGCGCUCAUCACUCCCAAUAGUACUCUAGAUGAUGUGCAUAUGCCGCUCCUGAAGUCAAUUCCUCCAGUAACCCGCAUGGCUAUGGGGCGUGGAACUUGGGUGACCGUCCUAUGUAGGAAACUAAAGGAUUGGUGGCAUUGGGUUGCAGAAGGUGAUAUCCCAAUAAUUGCAUCGCACGGAGCUGAAAUUGAAGCUUACAAGGUUCUAGAGCCGGCAACUCGAUUAGUUAUCUUGAAAGCGAUAUGCGAUAUACGUGUCGAGCAAGAGGAUAUCCGGAACUUCAUUGAUAGUUCCCUAAAACAUGGCUAUGACCUUUCUACCUUCCGGAAAGAACGAAUAGGGGGGGAUCCCUAUGGAAUCUCCUACUGGUAUGAAGAUGAUCCAAUUCUUGGGCAUAGAUUAUAUCGUGAAAUUAGACGAGUGGAAUUGGCGAAGAAAGAGCCAGGAAAGAGAUCUAGAGGAAAAAGGGCUCUAACUCCUCCCGUUGUGUCCUAUCAGUGGGAAACUGUCGCAUCCAACUUUGACGAGUUUGAUGAUGUUGCAGAAAAACUCUUUUCAAGUCGGAACAGGUCAGAGGCCAACCUUGGCAAGAAGUUGAAGAUUGAAUAUCUUCCAGAUAUUGAAAAGAUACAUAAAAAGAAGGAGAGGUUGCUAAAAAAGCAACAAAGAGAAGCCCUCCUCAUUGAUAGUUUCUUGGCUCCAGAUGGAUUUACCACUGGUCGGUCUCUUCGUGACAGAAAGCCCGUAACAUACACUUUCGAUGAAUAUGAUCGCUCAAUAAGUGAGGCCAUAAAAAUAACAAAGAAAGGAGAAAACUCAGGUGAGCCUGCUGCUCCGGCCAACAAAAGGAUCCUUACACCAAGACCAGAGGCAUCGAGCAAUGGCAAGGUCAAUGGUCUCUCACCGACUAACAAUGAAUAUGAUGGAAAUUCUUCAAAGUCGGAUGACUACAGAGAUAGUGAUGGUGAAGAAGAAAGUGAGGCACUUGAUCGGAGCAACCGCCGGAGGAGAAGAUCUCAGAGAUACACGCGGGACUUUGUUGAGGCUGUCUCAGAUAUUGACCCAAACUUUGACAGUGAUGAUGAAAUUAUGGGAGAGGCAGUCUAUGAUGAGGAAUAUCUGAGAACUCGCAAACAGCAGAAGACAUCAAGUGCUUCUGAAGAGGAUGAGGAGUUCAGGUUAGAAGAAGAUGCUGAAGAAGAUGAUGAUGAUGAGGAAGAUGAGUAUUCUUUGAGUACCAGUGAGGACUUAGAGGAGCCGCAACGGCACAAGAAACUGCAAACUCGUGGCCGGCGAGGGGCCAAGCUUAGAUCUGUUGAUGAAAUCCAAACAGGUCUUAGGCGCAGCAAACGUUCUUCUCGUCAACGAAUUAAUUAUCAACAGUAUGAUUAUUCGGACUCAGACACAGAGGCAGGAAAGGAAGGAAAAUCCGAUGCAUCAGAUCCUGAUGCGGGUUUUGAUGCAGAAAACGAUAUGGAACUCUCGACAUCGAGUCAAGAGCAAGGGGAAGAUGACGAUGAUGGCCCUGACGAACAAAAGGACAAUAGCAAUGACAAUAAAAUGGACGAGGAUCAUGUAGUGUUGGCAAAUAAAGAAGAGCAGGAGGAACAGCCGCAGCCACCUCCCCCGCCACCCCUGCAGCCUGUGGAAAAAAUGGAAUCUCCUGGUAGAGAGAUUGGAACUGUAGGGAGAACAUUUCUAGAUCUAAAUGAGCUUGCACCUGGCGGUGGCUUUGACGACGGUCCAAGCCUGAGUAUGAAAGACGAGGAUAUUGAUAACAGUUAGGACAUAAGUUUUGUAAUACAAUCGAGUGUUAGUAGGUGCUACUUGGAGCAAGGUGUAAUUGCGUGAAGUUAUGGGCCAUUGCCACAGAUCAAUGGUCUGCUAAUGAGAUGACUCAGCAAUAUCUGGACAGUUUUAGAUGAUUGCUGGUACAUCAAUUUACAGUGAGAAAACAGGCGAGGUUCCACCGAGGUUGCGGCGGAAGAGCUUCUUCGAAUGUAACAGAGUGCUGUUUGAUACUUGGAGGCCAUCCAAAGGGAGUUUUGCAUUCUACUGUGUACACUACACGAAGGGCGCGCAUCAGUCACUGUUGUAUUAUGUCCAGACUGAUUGAUGCUGUGUUGCUGCCAGAUACAAACUUGUAGCCUCCAUUUAUUUAUCCCUAGGCACGAUACUGUUGUUCAGAUAUUCUUGCAACAUUCAUAUGGUGGAAACUUGUAAUACACUAAAGUGCUCCUCUUCUCGGCAUUUCUUCGGUUAUAUCCCACUUGUAGAAUGUAGUUCUUUUUUAAGUCUAA